CUUUAGAUGAUUAUAUUUGUAUGGAUACCCAUUCACAUGCCUGAGUCAUUUCUGUCUUUUAUACUUUUCUGCUGAGUCAGAGAACUCGGUUCAGACUUGGGACCCAGCAAAUAUUGACAAGACUUGGCUGACUAAUACUGCCCUCAUAAUUGACGUCCAUGGCUGUUAAACUACUAGCUAAUGCUAUUGAAAUAACAGUUAAGAAACAACAAACACAGACAUUAUGUGCUAAGUGUUGAGAUGUGCUAUUUGGGAAAAAACUACACCUUUUAUGACAUAAACUCUUAAGUGAAAAAACAUAGUCUGUAUAACUUUUAUAGUUUGUUUUCCUUGAAACUUGUUCUUCUUUAGUGAUUCAUGGUGAAUAAGCCAACAUAAGUUUCCCAACAGAAACUACGUGAAUUUUUGUAGGCUAUGUCAGUAUCUUGUGCUGAACAUAUAAAACUGGACAGAUCUAGUUUAAAAGUUUUAAAUAUUUAUAGUGCUCAUAUCCGACAGUCCAAUUUAAAAAACAAUGACUUGCUUCAUCUUUUUUAUGUAACAGGAUUUGUGACUUCUCUGUGGCUGUCAAACAGGAAGUUCAAACUACAUAAUUAAUGCUGCUUUUGGAUGGGUGAAUGAAAUAACAAUGGCAGAAUGGCUUUCUGGGGUCAACUAGUCAACUUUAUCUUUGGCAUUUUUAUAGGUAAUUCUAGGGACUCGAUAUGUAAAGAUUUAUCUCACUCAAACAAUAUGUAUACAUUGUCAAGGGUCCAAGGCUCUUAACAGUUUUAUCACAUAAAAACGACGUAUUGUUGCUAUAGUUACCUUUUCGACAGUUACUUUUCAACAGUUAUUUGAUAGUAGCUAGCUAACGACUAUAGGCUAACUUACUUGUUGAAAUAAUAUAGGUUUUUUUCGUUCAGUGUUGUUUGAAACAUUGUAUAACAGAUUUUCUUGGUUAUAUUUUAAUUUACUGACCUGUAGCUGAACGAAACCAACAUUUUAAUCAAAGAAUGCGGUGAGUUCAGUUAAUGAAUGGUCUUGCGUAAAUCUACGUAAUGUUUGUCAGCUCGGGCGCAUUUUGACUCUUCUGACUGAAGCAUCAGCGGAGGGCGACGUCACGCAUCACGUGGUGAAGUUUGGGACUGGGCUUCACAACGCGACCUCAAUAGUUGCGUAGCGAGGGUGAUACACCGCCAUGUGGUCUGAUUGAUGUGUCAAAGCACAUCAUGAGCGCACGAAUUGCAAUCUUGUACACUGCAAACUGAACGACACUAAAACAGCUUGGGAAGUGGCCUUUCACAUUUUAAUUUUAUCCGAAGACUGUUGUUACAGUUUUUCACGCCUUGCUUUGCUGCCUUGUCUUUUGUCAUAUGGAACAAAGCGCUUAUGCACACCUGCCAGAGAAGAUAAUAACGACCAGCAAACGGAGGAGUUGGCCACUGUUUAAUAGAAGAGCCAGUUUUGAAUGAUCGGAUCGAUUUGGUGCGAGUUAUCAUCUGGAAUUCUUCAUUAAAACUGGGAUCUAUGAGCGGGAAAGCAUUACUAAAGACGAAAGAAGAUAAGGAUGCAACCAAGGAGCCUCAGCUCAAGGGGAUAGUCACCAAGCUCUACAGUCGACAAGGCUUUCAUCUACAACUCCAAGCUGAUGGGACCAUCGAUGGUACAAAAGAGGAAGAUAAUAGCUAUGCUAUUUUCAACCUCAUCCCUGUUGGACUGCGGGUGGUGGCUAUACAGGGCGUUCAGACCAAGCUCUACCUGGCCAUGAACAACGAAGGCUACCUGUACACCUCUGAGCACUUCACGCCAGAGUGCAAAUUCAAAGAGUCAGUGUUUGAGAACUAUUACGUGACCUACUCAUCAAUGAUCUAUCGGCAGCAGCAGUCGGGCCGAGGCUGGUACCUGGGUCUCAACAAAGAAGGUCAAAUCAUGAAGGGCAACCAUGUAAAGAAGACCAAGCCGGCUGCACACUUCAUCCCUAAACCUCUCAAAGUUGCUAUGUACAGAGAGCCGUCGCUCCAUGAUCUGACUGAGUUCUCCCGUUCCGGAAGUGGUACUCCAACCAAGAGCCGCAGCGCCUCGGCCAUGCUCAACGGUGGCAAGACUCUAAGCCACAAUGAGUCAACAUAACCGCAGGGCACACCUGCGGUCUGCUGCUGUACAGCUGCUGGACUCGACCAUCAACUAAACAGCACAAACGCGUUUACAAGAGUGCGGUGAAACCCUUAGCUGGUCACUAGCUAGUGUUUCCUGAAAUCACUGUGAUGAGAACACAAGUGCAAACCUACAUUGUACAAUCUUCUGCAGGUCAGCCUCCUGAGACAAACUAACCAAGCCAUCUUAUUGAUGUAGGGGUCUGCCUCCGUUUGCGGGUGAUCCCCGUUUCCAUGUGUAGCAUACAGAGCUGUGGUUCUACCCCGUGGCGUUUUCACAGAAUCUUCUAGAACUUUUGUGUUUUGCUCCAUUUCUUCUUAGGAAUGCCAACUCCAUAGUGCUGAGUCAACUACAACUUGACAAUAGCAGCUUGUGCGACCCAUUUAUCGGUAUAUAGAGGCAGAAAUCCCAAAGGUGUUGGACAUAUGAUAAAAGUCUUUCAGCUCAGCUUUUUUGAGGCAGCGGUUCAUUGUUGUGUGCUUUUUAGAUGAGGCGUUUUGCUCCAUGCUUCUCUUUUUCUGUCUUUUCAGCGCCCCCCUCACCCCCCACCCCCCAUUGUUAUUCUGCAAAUUAAACAGAUUUAGGGUUCGGUCUGUCUGCACACCAAAGAUGUCAUUAGUCUCUUUGUAUGGAGGUAAGUCAAUUUGUGUAAUUUCAGCUCCCUCAGACAGAUGGCUGAGAAAACCGCAAGAGUGAAUGUCAUUUAGUCAGAGGAAAUGUAUUCAGGAUAGAUAAAGGCUACUCGCUGUGCGUCCCUGCUUUUUUUUGUCUGUUUAUGUCUUCCUUUACUUCCCUUCUAAUUUGGGAACCCAGCAUCUUGGAGAAGUGUCAAAUCAGAAAAUGUUAAAUUAUUGAUUAACAUCAACCCGGUAAGAUUUCCAUUACAUAAAAACAGGUCAGGCUUUUUUUUUACACCACUCUUUUUGGUAAAACAUGUAAUGAAAGCCAAGCAAGAGAAAGCUUCCAUUGCUUUAACAGGGCUAAAUCAGCAUAAGUAAAUAACUCGUGUAUGAAACUUCAUUCUUCUAGUUAUUCUUUCUCGUCUUCAGUGGUCAGGCAGCAGCCCCAUGUUAUAAUUUUGAUCAAAAUCCUCUUCUGUUGUAUGUAUGUAUGUAUGUAUGAAGCAUAUUUAAUGCAUGGGGGACAGUGGACGCUGCAUGUUGUGUGGCUAUGUAUAUUAACUACAAUAUGGAACCAUGUGCUCUAAUGGAUACUGGAGUAAAAUACAAAUGUAUAUAAAUGCAUUUUAUCUUGCUACCCGCCCGUUUAUUAUUUGUUGUACAUUUAAGAAGCUGCACUGAAUAAAAUGUUUUGUAUGUUCAGAGCA